ACCUCAUUCAGUACUCCACCAAACAGACCAACAUCAGGGAAAAAAAGUUCUGGACUCGUUCAGUAUCAUACAAAAAACAUCAAUUAUCUGCAAGACAAGUUGCUAUACAAUCAAGGUCUUUUGAUAAUGACUUGAAAGCCUGGUCCGGUUUUCGACAGUAACUCCAACACCUUUGCGCCGCCUAUCCGCCACAGAGGCUACUUUCACACAUAAGAAAUUUGUCCAACCUUCUGUAAGUAUGAGUGAAAUUUGUUAAAUCUGCCGAAGUCUCUAUCAGCCGAUCUCUUGUUCAUCCUCAGGAUUCCCCUAAUCUGUAGCUGCUUCUGACCUUCGCAAUUUUAUAGUAUCUGAGCAUUACUGUCAUCAUGGAAAGCGCUUUCGCCCAUGUUGGAAACCACCUAAUAUCAGAUUCUGCUGCUGCAAUAAACGCUGGUGCGGAUGAUCUUUCAAAUAUUGAUCCGGAAGAAAGCUUGUUAUAUGGGCAAUAUGGAGGUCAUGGUGGCUUGGGAUCCAGCAGACUAAGAAGCGAUGAUGAUGACAACGAGACUGAAGUAUUCGAUGACGAUGAUAAUGAGAGUCUUGCAAGUGUUCCACUUGAUGGAAUGAAAACUCUUGGGCUUCGAGGUCUCGAUGAUGAGAAGGAGCUACCAGCACACGCAUGCGCGUAAGUGAAAUUAUCGACAACCUGGAUUGUCCUGAGCUGGGCUGAUUGCUUUCUAGAUAUUGUGGAAUUCACUCUCCAAGCUGUGUCGUUAAGUGCUUGGGAUGCAACAAAUGGUUCUGCAGUGCCCGUGGAACUGCUACAUCUUCACAUAUCGUCAAUCAUCUUGUUCGCGCAAGACACAAGGAAGUUCAAUUGCACCCAAUGUCAACCCUUGGAGAUACCGUACUUGAAUGCUACAACUGUGGUAUAAAGAAUGUUUUCCUACUCGGCUUCAUUCCUGCGAAGUCUGACACCGUCGUAAUUCUCCUAUGCCGUCAACCCUGCGCUUCCGCUGCGUCUUCAAAGGAUAUGAGUUGGGAUGUAUCCAAAUGGCAACCAUUAAUUGAAGAUCGAUCCUUUUUGACUUGGCUCGUCUCUCUUCCUACGGAUGCAGAGCAACUUCGCGCUCGACACCUCACGCCACCCAUGAUUGCAAAAUUGGAAGAGAUGUGGAAGGAUAAUAUCAAUGCUACUCUUCAAGAUUUGGAAAAGGCAGCUGGAAUUGAUGAUGAUCCAGCCCCUGUCCUUCUCAAAUACGAUGAUGCUUACCAAUAUCAAAAUAUCUUUGGGCCUUUGGUUAAAAUUGAGGCAGACUACGAUCGUAAACUCAAGGAAGCUCAGUCCGAGGAUGGUUUAAUUAUUCGUUGGGAUUAUGGUUUGAAUAACAAACAUCUGGCCAGCUUCAUUCUUCCCAAGAUUGAGCUAGGUGAUGUAAAACUCGCUGUAGGUGACGAGAUGCGGCUCAAAUACAAAGGCGAAUUACGACCUGUCUGGGAGGGUGUUGGAUACGUGGUAAAAAUUCCGAAUAAUCAAUCUGACGAAGUAACUAUCGAGCUCCGAAAGGUCGGCAGCGAUAAGUCAGUCCCAACGGAAUGCACCCACAACUUUUCUGCCGAUUAUGUAUGGAAGGCAACAUCUUACGACCGCAUGCAAUUUGCCAUGAAAACUUUUGCUGUCGAUGAAAUGAGUGUAUCGGGAUACAUUUUCCACAAACUUCUUGGUCACGAGGUAGCUGCGGCUCCAAUGAAAAUUCAAAUGCCCAAGAAGUUUAGCGUUCCUGGUCUACCAGAAUUGAACAGCAGUCAGAUUAAUGCCGUCAAGAGUGUAUUACAAAAGCCUUUGAGUCUUAUUCAAGGACCUCCAGGAACUGGAAAGACAGUCACAUCCGCUACAGUCAUCUAUCAUUUGGCCAAGGUCAAUGGUGGUCAGGUCCUUGUAUGUGCUCCGUCUAACGUUGCUGUCGACCAACUCUGUGAGCGUAUACAUCGAACUCAACUCAAGGUCGUUCGCCUUACAGCCAAGUCCCGUGAAGACGUUGAAUCAUCUGUCGGAUUCCUCUCGUUGCAUGAACAGGUCCGCAUGAAUGACAGCAACCAUGAACUGACUAAACUUACUCAAUUGAAAAGCGAGUUGGGUGAAUUGUCAAGUCAAGAUGAGAAGAAGUUCAAAGCAUUGACAAGGGCAGCCGAACGUGAAAUUUUGAGUAAUGCUGAUGUCAUUUGCUGUACUUGUGUUGGAGCUGGGGAUCCAAGGCUUGCCAAGAUGAAAUUCAGGACAGUCCUCAUCGACGAAUCUACUCAAUCCGCGGAACCAGAAUGCAUGAUUCCGCUUGUUCUAGGAUGUAAGCAAGUAGUUUUGAUUGGUGAUCACAAACAACUGGGACCAGUCAUCAUGAACAAGAAGGCUGCAAAGGCAGGUCUGGAUCAGUCACUUUUCGAACGUCUGGCUACGCUUGGCCUCAAACCUAAUCUACUCAAUGUGCAGUAUCGUAUGCAUCCAUGUCUUUCUAAAUUUCCAUCCAACAUGUUCUAUGAUGGUUCUCUACAAAAUGGCGUCACCACGCAACAACGAAUUCGGCGGGAUGUUGAUUUCCCUUGGCCUGUGGCCGAUACACCGAUGAUGUUCUGGUCCAAUCUCGGCAAUGAGGAAAUUUCUGCUUCUGGCACUUCUUAUCUCAACAGAACUGAAGCCUCAAAUGUCGAGAAGAUUGUUACUCGCUUUUUCAAGGCUGGAGUACAACCUGGAGACAUUGGCGUUAUCACUCCGUAUGAAGGCCAACGAAGUUAUGUCGUAACUUCUAUGCAAAAUGCUGGUUCCUUCAAGAAAGAGCACUAUAAGGAGGUUGAAGUUGCUUCCGUGGACGCCUUCCAAGGACGAGAGAAAGAUUUCAUCAUCCUUUCUUGUGUCAGAUCGAAUGAUCACCAAGGUAUUGGUUUCUUGAGCGAUCCUAGACGUCUCAAUGUAGCUUUGACACGUGCUAAGUAUGGCCUUGUCAUUGUUGGUAAUCCAAAGGUUCUGUCCAAACACCCUCUUUGGCAUUUCUUACUGCAGCAUUUCAAGGAUUCUAGCUGUCUUGUCGAAGGUGUGCUUUCCAAUUUGCAGACCUCACUCAUACAAUUUAGUCGACCAAAGACAAGUUACCGUGGUCCACAACGCUAUCAGAUGGGAGUGCCCCACAAUGGCCGAAAUGGCAAUAGCAAAGCCCCUCAAUUCCAAGAUUUCACCGAAACGGGCUCAAUGAUGAGUUCUGCUUUGGAUGACGUUUCUUCGGUACACUCAUCUCAUCUCGGUGGUGUGGGUGUUGGAUCUGCCUAUCCAGCAGGCUUUGGUAACUUUCCCCUCGCCGGCCUUGACCAUUGGCCCGGGCUUGAUUCACGAGGAUCACGUGCCAAUGGUCAAAAGGGACGUGGACGCGGACCUGAGAGCAUCGCCGGGGAAUCUGUUGCUGCUAGUGAGUUCACUGAUGUCACAAGCAGUAGUGUUACAGAUGGCAGAGGUAUCGGUCAAGGUGGCGUCAGUCUCGGUGCCAGCGUUCACGAAGGACGGAAACAAACUAGUUUGAGUCAGUCGGACCGCUUGAAGCAAUACGUUGAGUCUGGCGGUCGCAUUGCUGACUAUAAAACUGGCGAUUCUGGUAGUGUCUUUGGCACCAGCUCUUUGUUGAGUGGUCGUCGAUUUGAUGAUGACGAGAAGAGUGUUUCUACUGCAUUCGCAAGUCAAAUCGGAGGAGGUUAUGACUGAUUCCACGUUUAUAAGGCUCAUUCACCAUAAGACAUCAUAAUAAUGAUAUAUUAAGGAUAGUCCUUCCGGAUCAACAGAUACUCUUCGCUGCUCUGGGCGGCCAGCAACCGAUAUCGAAUCUCAUCGAUCUAUCCUUCAUCGAAAAUUGACCUUCCUGGUUUCCGUACCUACACACCUAGGGCGUAACCAUCUACAACAUAUAUCAUAUGUUAACGGGGUUUUCACUGCAAGCAUCCAAUGCCAAGCAAGCAAGCUGCUAAAGUAUCGAAGGGAAGAAGAUGAGAGUGGUGCCAAAUUAAGAUUGUUUAUGGCGGUUGAGAAAUUGCUUCAUUGAGGAAGGGGGUAUUUUGACUGUGGCGACACUGGUAAUGCCAGAGGAGAGAAGGAAAACUUAUGGUAGUGAGGUUUCACAAUCUUAUCCCACAUGUUCUACUCUGGUAUUCACUUCUUCUCAGGCUGAUGCUUGUGGAGAAAAAUGUUGAUAACAUUAGCCUGCUAAUAGCCAGACAUGUAAGCUAGAUAGAUACGGGCAUAUCCGCGGUACCUUGUGAAUUCAAACAUCCUUGCUAUCAAAU